AUGGUUCCAUCAUUUAAGUCUAUAAGUAAAUUGAAUACUCGACUGCCUCCAAUACCAGGAAAGAGAGUUACUCAAGUUCAUAGUCCAUCAAUGUCCUCCAACUUUGGAGAUGAGGGCCAAGCAGAGGACAAAUCUAGUCCAAAGGUUGCCCCUCGUCGUCAUGGUGAGUUUACAAUUUUAAUCGAUUUGUAA